AACAAAGGAAGUCUGAGAGAUCGAUAACUAGAGAAAGUUAGAGAUGCAUCACCAACGCUCUGUUGCUCUAAUGAACGACAACAAAUUACAGGCCCUAAUAAAAUCACCAGCAGAAACACAUUUGCCGAAGAAGACGAUUCAGCUGGUCUCGUUCCCAUUAACUCACUUCAUCGAACGAUUCAUUACCCUCUUAACUCAUUACUUCUUUCUCACUCGUCUAAUUUCUCCCUUUCAAGGUUUCUCUCAGUUUCUCUUCGACAAGCUGGGAUGCAGUUAACUGUCAAAAUUCAAUCAAAUUUUAGUCAGUUAAAAUUUGUAUUCAAUCAAAAUUUGCAGAAGUGUGGUAUGUGAUGCGUUGAACUUUGAAUUCUAGGUCAUAUUCAGAUAGGCGAUUUGUUGCAAUUGCAUAUGGGGGAUUAUGUCCAUAGAGAUAUUGUUGUUGUUGGAGAUGGGAAUGCUGAAUUGGCAUUGGAAGCACUUUAAACAGUUUCUUAAUGCUGGAGAUGCAUUUGGAAUUGAAAGAUGUGUUUUACCGGUAUGAAAGUAUUCCAAAAUUUGUACUAUUUGGAAUUGAAAUUAAAAUCGAAGGAAACUAUGGACCACAUCUCAUUACUGUAUCUACAAAAUUGUUGGAUUGCCCCCCCACCCAAGGCCCAAAAUGUCUAAAAAGGAGUACUACCAAUUUUAAUCAAUGGAUAAUGGCACCAGGUGGAGUUAGACCCCCUAACACAUCACAUGCAGCCUCUCAGUUGUCACGCACUGAUCUGCCAAAGAUUCAUAAACAAGGAAGUGGAGAUACUCUUAAUGCAAAGCUUAAUGAUCACAUAAGGAAAACCGAACAAAAGCCUACAAUAACUAUCAAACCAGGUCAAAAGAUUCCAACUGGGGAUUAGGCCACUGAGUUCGGAACUGAAAUAGGGAUCAUCGUCAGAAAGUUUGCACCGUGGUCGGAUUGCCCCAAAUGGAAGUCAAUUAAAAAAUCAGAUCUGAGGAAAUUUUAUGAUCUCAUAUUGGAAAAAUUCACUAUUGAUCUACAUGUAGUACGCAUUCAGAAGGCGGUCAACACAAUGCUAGCAAAUGAGUACAGACAGUUUAGAUGUACACUUCACAAACACUACCUGCAGUACAAAAAAGAUGGAACAGAAAAGGAAAACCCGCAUCAUCAGGUCAAGAAGGAGGAUUGGGAGAAACUUUGCACUUGGUUCGAGUCUGAUGAGUUUCAGAAAAGUAGCACUCAAGGUAAAAAAAGUCGAGAAGCGAAUACAACCAUUCAUUGUACGGGGUCAAAACCUUUUGCGCGCUAUAGAGAGGAAAUGGUAGUUGUGUCGUGUCUUUUGCUCUUUUAUAAAUUUAUGGUUAAUACUGUGUCUAAUUCUUUUUGGGGAAACCUUCAGUGUGAUCCAGAAACAGGUGAAGUUGUUGAACAAAUUGAAUUCUACAAGUUGACCCACUGCAAAAAUGAUGUUUGGACCUGUCAUACGGCUGAAGAGAACUAUGGUAAAAUGCUUGAACUCCGAGCUGCGCCUACACCUGAAGGUUCAACACCCUUGACCGAUGCUCAAAUAUGUGAGAAAGUGCUAGGUGUAAGAUCCGGUUAUGUCAAGGGUCUUGGUCACGGGUAUGAAAAAACUAGCUCGUCUAGCAUUGAAUAUAAUGCGGAGUUAGGCGAAGCUCUUAGGCGGGCAGAUGAAGCAGAGAGAAUAGAAAUAAGGAACUUGAAGGAAGAGUUGAUGAGCAAAAUCGCACUAUACAAGGGAUGGUAACUAACACAACAGAUAUAAGAAGAAUGUUGCUUGAAAUGCAGGGAAACCAUCAAAGUACUCAUGAAAACCAUCAAAGCACUCCUUGAGACGAUUGUUAAGGGACCAACAUAGUUGAGAUGUGCAUCUCUGUUUCUUUUUCUAGCUUUUAUGUUUCACUUUUGAAAUUUGUUGUGGUAUCGUUUUUUUCUUCAGUUUAGAAUUAGCUUUAUGUUUCACUUUUGAAA